AUGAGAUCAAAGAGAGGACCACCAAACGAGAAGAGAUCUAGUUGGCAUCAAACAAUUAAUGGUCUUUUGAAGGAGUCCAAAGCCAAGAACCUGAGAGAAGUGGCAGCUCUUUGUGAUAGAGGGAGACUAGUUGUUAGGCACAGAAGAUUCUCAAAAUGUCUCAUCAAACAUAAGAGGUCGAGAGCUAACCAUAUGCACAAGAAACAAGAGGCGCACAUCAUUGCCUUCGAAACGUUUCUUACAAAAAAAAAGCAAGAGUAA